GCCAAGGUCUUGAAAUUAGUUAGCCAGCCAGAGAUAAUGGGAUUUUUAUGGGACUUUGACUGAGCCACCCCACAAGCCUCUCUCUCUCUCUCUCUAGGGCUGCCAACCCAACAUAAUCCUUCGUUUCUGAACCUCCACACUCCUCUCAGACUCCCAGAAUCUCAGCUCGACUCCUGAAAGAAAGAGAAAAGAGGGGGUGAAGAAAUGGGCAUCUCAAGCCCAUUCAAAGACCAAACCCACCCUUAUACUCUCUCCAAGAGACUCUUGCCUUAUGCCCUUUAUGCUCUCUUUCCCAUAGCUCUCCUUCGCUUGUACCUUCACCCUCCCUCCCUUCCUCAGUCUCCCAUCGAUCCGCUACCCAAUGUCAAUCCCAUUAUCUUCCCCUCUUCUUCUUCUUCUUUUUCUUCAUCUCCUUCUCAAGAAGAGGAAAGCGCCUACGAAAUUCCAUGCGACUACACAAAUGGCAAAUGGGUCCGUGACAAGUUGGGUCCUUUGUACAAUGGCACGAGCUGUGGCACAAUCAAGGAUGGCCAGAACUGCAUCAGCCAUGGCAGGUCUGAUUUGGGUUACCUCUAUUGGAGGUGGAAGCCCGAUAAGUGCCAGCUUCCCAGGUUCGAACCAAAGACCUUUCUUCAAAUUCUCCGGAACAAAAAUUUAGCAUUCGUGGGAGACUCCAUGGCUAGGAACCAACUGGAGUCUCUUCUAUGCAUGCUUGCAACUGUUUCUACUCCUGAUCUUGUUUAUCGAGAUGGUGAAGAUAACAAGUUUCGUCGAUGGCAUUUCCCUUCUCACAACAUCAGUGUAUCAAUCCACUGGUCACCUUUCCUUGUAAGAGGCAUCGAAAAAUCGAACUCUGGUCCCAAUUACAACAAACUCUACUUAGAUUACGUUGAUGAGAGGUGGGCAGGGGAUAUGGAUCGUAUGGACAUGAUUGUCUUAUCAAUUGGGCACUGGUUCCUACACCCAGCUGUGUUCUACGAAGGGGAUUCAGUACUAGGUUGCCAUUACUGCCCUGGCCUCAAUCACACAGAAGUUGGAUUUUACGAAGUGUUUGGGAAGGCAUUUAGGACUACACUGAAGACCAUAGCUGAAAGACGAGGAGCUAACGGCAAUCCGAUUGAUGUAAUAGUGACUACAUUUUCUCCCUCACAUUUUGAAGGCGAUUGGGACAAGGCGGGUGCUUGUCCCAAGACCAGGCCAUUCAAGGAGGGUGAAAAACUGCUGGAAGGAAUGGAUGCCGACAUGAGAAGAGUAGAGGUAGAAGAAGUGGAGGCGGCCAAGGUCAAUACAGAGCAAUUUCCUGGGUUCAGGGUUGAGGCUUUGGAUGUCACCAAAUUAUCAUUGAUGAGACCGGACGGCCACCCGGGACCCUAUAUGCACCCUUUUCCAUUCGCUAACGGGGUCAAGGACCGAGUCCAGAACGAUUGUGUCCAUUGGUGCUUGCCAGGCCCCGUAGACACUUGGAACCAGAUAUUACUAGAGGUGAUGAAGAGAUGGGAUGAUCAAUCAAGGAGACGAGUCUAAUUUAUUUGUUUAUUUAUUUUUCUUUUUCUUUUUUUGGGUAUUCACAGAGAGCAAUUGCAGCUAGCGUGAAGUGGUGGGAUCUGUUUCUCUUCCAAGUACGGUCAAUUUGGAUGGUGAGUAUUUGUUCAAAAGAGGGCCACAAGAGGAGAUAAAUGAUUAUUGGCUUGUUUUGUUUUGUUUGUGCUCUGAAGAUAGAGAAUUGAUGAAGGAAAGAGAAUGAGAAGGAGCUGCAGGGAUGGGAAAGACUGUGAUCUUUUUGGAAGACUUUGUGGAAAUGUACAAAUGGUUUUAAUGCUAUUUCGUGGGAAAAUUUAAAGCACACUGGCAGUUUUAUUGUCUGGGAAUUCCAGAAUGCGAUCAAAGAUGGGCUGGAAUUGAGUUUUGUCUGAGAGGAAUGUUUGGAUGUAAUUAGCUCUCUGUCUUGCUUCUGAUUUUACCUCCCCUACUCUUGAAUAUAUAUUAUAUGAUCCCCUUGAGAUUUUUCAGUUACAAUUAUGUACUCUGAUCAUCCCAGAAAAUUACCCUCGGAUGCAUUUUCAAUGUAAAUUGAUACAGUCCAAAUCCUUGUGCA